GAAAGAACGCGCGCGGUGCUACCUUCCCUGUCAGUGGAGCGUCGAGGGCGCGGAGACAAAACUGUACGAGCAGCCUUGAAAGUGUCGCGGAGGUGGCAAGCUGCAAACCACAGCCAUCUUGACAGAAGCAUGAAAUGGGUGUGCAGAAAUAUUUGACAUGCGCUCUUCAUCGUAUCCAGAAAGGACCAGGUUACACAUACAAAGAGUUACUUGUCUGGUACUGCAACAACACCAACACCCAUGGGCCAAAGAGAAUCGUCACAGAAGGACCAAAAAAGCGUUUUCUAUGGUUCCUUUUUACUCUUGUAUUUGCUGCUCUGGUGUUCUGGCAGUGGGGCAUCCUUGUUCAGACUUACAUGUCUUGGGGAGUUAGCACGUCUCUCUCAGUAGGAUUUAAGACUGCCCCAUUUCCUGCUGUUACAAUAUGCAAUGUGAAUCCUUUCAAGUAUUCCAAAGUGAAGCCAUUAAUAGAAGAUUUGGAUGAGGCUGCGAGGACAGCUUUGGCAAAAAUCCACACCUAUUUCAUAAGUGGUAAAGUGUCUGAACUGCCUUUGAUGGCAAAUACAUCUCUAGUGUCUGCGUUUUUGCAGAAUAUACCACUAGUUAUAAUGGAUGAAAGUGAUGUAAAUAAUCCAGCUAUCAUCAAUUUAUUUGAAAAUAGUACAGAUGGCUUUGUUCUAAAUAAUCCACACCCACCAACAUCAGACCUCAAGGUGGCAAUAAAAUUGUGCAGUGCAAAUAAAACAGAAUGCCUUUAUUGGAAUUUCACCUCAGGAGUCGAUGCUGUGAAUGAGUGGUAUUCCUUACAUUUCAUGGACAUUAUGUCUAAAUUUUCUAUUAGUGAAAAAAAACAAAUGGCAUACAGUGGGAAAGAAUUUAUCCUAACCUGUCUUUUUGGGAACCAACCUUGCAGUUAUAAAAAUUUCAGCCAGAUAUUUCAUCACUUUUAUGGAAACUGUUAUAUUUUCAAUUGGGGUCUGCAUGACAAAGCAAUUUCUUCUUCCAAUCCUGGAGGAGAGUUUGGUUUAAAUGUAGUGUUAGACAUCAACCAGAAGGAGUAUAUUCCAUUCCUGUCCACUACUGCUGGAGCAAGACUGUUGGUUCAUGAACAGAAAAGCUUUCCUUUCCUGAAAGAUCUUGGCAUCUUUGUGCUUCCGGGGACUGAGACUUCAAUUGGUAUAUCUGUGGAUAAAAUUGAACAUAUGGAAGCACCUUACUCUGACUGUACACAAAAUGGAUCAGAUGUCCCUGUUACUGAUUUAUUUUAUAAGAUGUAUGCAACCAGCUAUUCAGUGCAGUCAUGUUUAAGAUCCUGUUUUCAAAUGAACCUUGUGAAGAUGUGUGGGUGUGCUUAUAAUCUCUACCCAUUGCCUGCAGACGCACCCUACUGCAACUUUAGGGAUCAUCCAGAAUGGGUGUACUGCUAUCAUAAAUGGAAAUAUUCUGCAGAAUCUGAGCUACUCUGUCUUCAAACAUGCAAGCAAUCCUGCAAUGAAUCUCAGCACUUGUUAACUGUGUCCAUGGCUGACUGGCCAUCAGAAUCUUCAGAGGACUGGAUUUUCCAUGUUUUAUCCUAUGAAAGAGAUUUUUCAACCAAUGUGACCAUAAAUCGAGAUGGAGUUAUGAAGAUGAACUUAUAUUUUAAGGAAAUAAAUCACAGGAGCAUAACAGAAUCGUCUUCUACUACAGUUGUAUGGCUGCUGUCUAAUUUAGGAGGUCAGUUUGGAUUAUGGAUGGGUGGCUCAGUGAUAUGUAUAGUUGAAUUUGGAGAAAUCAUAAUUGACUGCCUUUGGAUUACCAUUAUAAAAUUAAUCAUGUGGAACCGAAACUGGAAAUUGAAGAAAGCUCAAAGCCAAUACCUGGGGCCUCCUCCAUCCAUUUCACAGCUUGCUGAAGGCCACAUGAACACAGGAUUUGAACCUGAUAAUGUUACCUCUGACUCUGGUCAGUCUCUGCAGACUAUGAGUUCAUGCGAACACCCGGUGCACCCAAUACCUGGUACUCCACCGCCACAUUAUGAUUCUCUCCGUCUGAAGUCAGUUAGAGUAAACAAUGAAUAGGCUAGUGUACUUGGUUUUCAGUUGAUAAAUAAAUCUUGAUAGUCUGAAUGUAAAGGGCCAAGGCAGUUCUGUUGAUGGCUCCCUCCUUAUACAUGUACUGUAUAUGCAGGUUUUCUUUUUUUUUUUUUCUUAUUUUUCAAUCUGUCACUAGAGGUGUAGGAGAUGAGCCAUAUGAAGUGCACUCCAGGAGGCAAAGUUGCUUUUUCCAAGCUGUUAAGCACAUUGUGGUACCUCUGAAGGGCCCAAAAAUACUUAUCCUGAUAAGGGAAGUGUUAUGUUUAAAAUAUAUUGAAAGUAAUAAAUACUGUGACACUAUCCAAUGAGGCAGAGAGGAUUAUGGCAUAAUAAAGAUACCGAUUGAGUGAUAACUACAUUUUCAUUAGAAAAAGAAGUUAUUCAGUCAAUGUGUGUCUUGCAUUUUUCUGUGUCUUGAGUCUAGACGGAUUCUUUUAUCUGUCUGCUUAAGUUCUUCACCAGCAGUAUUUGUCUACACAAAAACCCAUCCGUGUGCCAGCUAAUGGAUACAUCUCCUUCAUUUUUGGCAGGAAAUAAAAGGGACGUUUUACCUAAAGGUAUGUAAAAACUGCCUUCUGCUCCUCAUCUUUUUCCUCACGUGUUCAUUUCAAAGAGCAAUGAUGUUUCACUUUGGCACACAGUCCACAAUUUUUUCCUGUUGGCAAAGUACUGACCUUAGCAAACCCCAUGACUUUGAACAAUAAACGGCUUUUAUAUGCGUUCUUUACUGGACUCCUACAAGCCUUCUGUGUCUUGCUUUAAUCUCAAAACUGAUCUCUCAUGGGUUUUUUUUUCAGCUUAAAUAACAGUGUAUUUACUUCAACUUCUAUAUUGGUAUUUGCCAUAGCCCUACAGCUACAUUUAGGGUGGCCCUGCAUCACCUUUUUUAUAAGUGUAAAUGGCUAUUGCACCAUUUAUUCAGCAUUCUGUAAGUUCUGUUCAAAUGUAUUAAGUGUAGCAUAUCUGAGGCUCCUGCUGUUAUAUUUUGAACCCCAUCAAAAUUUUUCAGUAAAGGCAAAGUAACUAAGUAAACUGCACUUCAGCAGGACCCCACUGAUUUUGUUUUAAUCCCAGAUUUCUCUUUUGCCAUUGAUGUCUAAUGUGGUCACUUGAGCUCUCUGCGAGAGAGAGUUCAUACCAAUUUCUAACCCAUGGUCUCAGCUCAUUAUUUAGUAGCUAUAAUGAGGGAAAAAUUAGUUUAAUUUAUAUUUGAUUUGUCCGUUUUAUUUUAGGGUCAUUUAGAUGUAGUCUUUAAGUGAAUAAAGUGUGUGUCCAGAGCUCAUCAUGACAAAUUGCUCAGUAACAGAAAUAAAAGCAGGCACUUUGCUCAUUGGCUAUCUGCCCAAUGAUUCAUAGAAGGUCUUUUCAAGUCAAACAGGAUAGUGAGUUGAUAAAAUGUUUUAAAGGAGUGUUGAAUUUUUGGGGUGUAUGUAAAAUAGACAAGAAUUAUGGGAAAUAAAUGCAAAAGCUACAAGAGUGCCAUUCAUUAUUAAAAUACAUAUGUUUAGGCUUAGAUAAGGUGACCUUUGUGUGAAGGUUUGGAAAAAGUUUUGAAAUGGGGGCUUGGAACUUGUCUCUCAUGGCUAGCUUCAAGUAACUUAGCUGAAAAGCAAUCAGACCCUGGGAAUGUAUCAGCUGUCCAGUUUUGGUUGAUGCAAAAUCCAUACCAUAAACAAGUAGGGUCCUCAACAAAGGUCAGGACUUUAAAAAACAUUUUCAGAAAUAUCACAACUGCCAAAGAGAGAAAACAACUCUUGUCAGCUUUGCCAUCUCCUGUCCCUCUGCUCUCAAGCAUCACACCUGCCUUAAAAAGACAAAGCUUGAAACAACUAAAGCCACCUGAUACGGGGCAUGAUGUGUGACUGUGAUUUAAAUCAUUAGGGUUUUAUGUUUUUUAUACCCAACAUUUUUGUCUAAAUUCCCUGCAAACAAACACGAAUAAUGAGUGGAAUUAAGUUCAGGUAUUACCUCUGAAGCUGUUUUGGUGUUUACUGAGAUUUAGCAAUGACUGACACAUGUUAACAUAAUGAGGUGCGUUCAUUCAAUGCAAGUGCUUUCAGGGGUAGCAGUUCAAGUGUGGACUGCCCUUCUGUGACUUGUCAAGGGAGGACUUCCAAGCAAGACUUUGGACUCUUUGCGUAUUUAUUCAGCCCUUUCAAAGGUAGCUAUUGGGGAACAGAGCACCACAUCCAUGAAUCCGGCAGGAAAGCAGCCCUUAAGGCAGAUCUUGGCCUUUGCUAAGGUAUUCUGAAGUGAAGCCCUUUCAGGGGAAACAAUCUGAGAGCGGAUUGAAUGGGAUGAGUGCAGCUUAGUGGGCUUUUUAAAACAUUAGGGUGGUAUGUUCAUUCAAGUGUCCUCCCUUGUAAAUAACGAUAAACAAUACUGUAUAAGAAUAGCAUGUUGUAUUAUUACUGGAUUAGUCAGAUUUCAGCUCUGCCCCUUUAUUAUAUGCAAUCUCCAAAAAGUGUCAAAAUGAAUAUCACUUGUGGGAAUUUGUCUUAAAAGUAUCCUGCAUGUGGUAUACAAGUCAAUUCAUUCAGUAAAUGACAACUGUAUCAAAUAAAAAUGAAGGCAUGUGGUUUAUUGAUUACACAAAGCUUGAGCUUCG